AUAUUUCUACGCAUUUCCGGUAUGGAACAUAACUGCGUCGCAUUUAACCCACUCUGAUGUUCGUGUCUGUAUUAAUUUUGAGCCAUAACCUCUUGAAUAGCCAGUAGCGCAAAGUGGAUCCUAGGAAUUACAUCAGAUUUGAGUAAUAUUGUCGGAAUUCUCUAUUUCAGACGAUGUGAUAUUGGUGAUCCUGCCAGUUGAUCAUGUGAUUAGUAGUUAGGAAAUGGAACAACAAGAAUGUGAUAACUCAGACCAGUCAAUACCAGAAUCAUCAGCAUCCCAGCAUGGAGCAAGGGUUGAUUUAACAACAAGCGAAAAUGAAAGAAAACAUUUGAAAAAAGAGACCACAUCGGAAACACUCCCUCAGAGAAACAGUGUGAGUGAAUCCAGGCCUGUUGUAGCUGACAAAGCCAAUAUGGAAGAAAAAGUUCCAGAUUUGAUCAACAUUGUAUCAGAAAUAGUGGAUCCUAACUUAGAAAUUUCAACAGAUCCCUUAUAUGAUGGUGUGAUAAAUGAAAUAGCCAAAAAACCUGAAAAUAGAGACAGAAUGACUUUCUGCAUAGAAAAAUCCGAAGAGACUGUGUUGCCUACCUCAGUUCCAGGAGUAGAAGUUCUGAUUGAGCAUCCAGUGUGUGCAUUUGCACGUCCAGUUAACAUGGAAUUUGUCUUAGUGGAGGAAAAAGAUGUAUUGUCUGAACUAGCUAAGGAAGCCAAGCUUAUGGCGAAUGACUCAAAGGAAAAUUCAUCACAAGAGAAAGAUUCUGAAACAGUGUCAAACAGAGGAAAUGAAGUAGAUCAAGGGCAAAAGGUGGUAUCAGAUGGAGGAGGUAAAGGAACUGCAAAUGCUGAAAAAAGCACAGAUGAAGGCAUCUCUCCUGUUGUGGAGCAAGUGGUGAGAAGAAGUCAGAGGGUGUACAAUUCUUUAGUAGGGCCCAGGAAUGCUGUAAAAGUUGUGGCACCACUUCCUCUGUAUCGAAGAAGCGCUCGCAUUGCAGACACUUCACUGGUGCAAAGUGGAAAGAAAGGUAAUGAUAUUCCAAAGCAAGUAACAUCACUUAAAACUAAAAGGUAUCCAUUGAAAAGAAGCAGAAAAUGUCCAUCAUCUAAGAUGGAAUUAGCCAGAAGGAUACCAGUGCGUAUGGAAAGUUUAAAGAUGUGUAACCCGACAACUGUUAGUUCCUCAAGAUCAGCACAUCGAAAAGAUGGGAAAGGUGUUAAAAAUCUACCCAAAUUUCUGUCUCAAUUCAGUAUGAAGUCCAGUGGAGAUCAGAAGAAAGAUUCUAAAAAGACCCUAACCAGAAAAAGAACUAGUUCAAACUCACUUGAGGAAAGUUUAAGAGGUGUAACACCUGAUAAAUCUAUACAAAAAUCAGCUUCAACAUUAAGUCUGAUAAAGAAACUGAAAAUGAGAGAUGGAAGUGACCUUCCAACUCCUAGGCGGAGUCAAAGAAUAUACAAUUCGUUGAAUGGACCUGAAGAAGCAGUGAAUGUUGUCACACCAAUAACUAGGAACUGCAGGCCAAGUAAUGAGGUAGUUUACAACUCCUUGGUGGGAGAAGAUCGGGAUGUCAAGCUGGAAAUUCCAAAGAUCAGGAAGAGAACCAUCAAGAAAUCUAAAGCAGCUGUGGUAGCAAAGAAGUCCAAAAUGUCACCCGACAAGAAAACAAACUCCAACCAAGGCUAUAGCAAGUUUAGUAGAUUGUUAGUUGCAGACACAAACUGUGGCAGACCGAUUUCUAUACCUAAUGAAUUUUCACAAACAGCAAACUCAAGUAUGAGUAGAUCUGGUGCACACUCUCAGCCUAAAACAGUGGAGAAAGUGCAAGAACAAGACAGUAGUGAUCAAAUGAACAGGGAUUCUAAAGCACGCAGUAGAUCUAGGUCUUCCCCGAGUGUAUCGGGAGUCAGUGAAGCUAGUGUUCUAGUUGUCUCAUCUUACUUUACUUCCAGGAGAGGAACUCAAACAAAGGUUGUAUAUUCAACUCCACCUACACUUGUUCCUUCAACCACCUCAAAGAGAAGACCUGCUAUGUCUGCCUCUGUGCAGGAAACUGUCAGUGUACAGAGAAAACAGGGGCUGGCAGAUAAGCCCAGUUCCAGCAAGAGUUCAGAAUUCUUGAGGUCUUCUUCAGCCUCGCUGUCAGAGAGAUCUCUGAGGUCAACAUCGAAGGGAGCUGUGGAAUCCAUUGAUAAUGAGUCAAAAACUAUACAACAGCUGGAAGAGUCAACCACAGAAAAAUCUUCAGGACUGAAAAAAUCCAGAUCAACAACCAAACUUAAAUGAAUUUUUUUCCUGAUAUGUCCAGUGCUUUUCUUGAAGGACACUUGAUGACAUUUUAAAAGGGUUUACAUUUCCUGUAAAAGUAUUGAAACAGUUCCUUAUACAUGUACAGUGUCUUUUAGAUUAAGUGGAAUGCAUAAACAAGAAAUGUAAGGUUAACUACUGUAAAACAAAAAAAUUGACCCACCCCAUAUGGCAAGUUGAAAUGCUUAUAUUUUGUUCAGAGGUGAAUAUAUCAAUAAAAUUUCUAUGAAA